CAGUCGCUUUAUCUGCACUUGCAAAAGAAGAGAGCACCAGACAAAAAAUUACGCUUUUGAGCAAAGCGGACAGUCGUAGUAGUUGCAUGGUCGAGGUGGAAGCCGGCCAGCCACUGGGCCGUUGUGCCCUGAUUGCUGACGACUCCAUGGAGACCCAGAAUUGUCAGGCCAAAGAUUGUCUGAGCAAAAAUAAAUCUUCUCCCGAUAAAUGUGACGCUCAACUCUUCGCGCUGUACGAAUGCUGCGAGAAGUUGUAUCAGGCCCAGGCAGCCGGUAAACCGAUCGACAAUACAAACUGUGCCCAAGAAACCGUGGUGAAGAGAUGGUUAAAGCAACAUAGGAAGAGCAGCACUCCUUAA